AUGUUUUAUUUCUUUCCUGUCUCUCCAGCCGAGCUAUUCCAGCCAGAAAAGAGGAAGCUGAAUUACCUGGGAUUGUUUUAUCUGAAAUCUGUCAUACCGGCCAUAACCACAACAACACAGUUUGUGGAGGUUUUCUCCCAUGGUGUUUCUCAGUGUGUGUUGCGAAAUCUCUUCUCUAAGCACGGAGGUUUAUGGGAAAUCACCAAGUCUGUGGGAGACAGUAUCGUAACCUUGGCAGCUACCAGUCAAGAUGGCCACCUUCAGUCUGCCAUUCUCCGUCACCUGUUGUGUUUGAGCAUCCGCUAUGCUCAAGCUCAGUUCUUUCUGGCAAUCAUUAAAAAGUUGAACCCAGAGGGGGCCAGCAUGUUUUCCUGUGACCUCAUGAAGCUGUUGAUCGGUGAAAAACUCAGGAAGGAUGUGUCUUUCACUCAAGACUCCAUUAGGAAGUGGGCAGCACUACAGCUCAGAUUUCUGGUCUCUAAGCCUGCUCUGGUUGUUGACAAUAACCAGUUACUCAGCAUUCUCCAGUUCUUGUGUCUUCAUUCCUUCUUCACUGUCAACUCAUCUGCUGAUCAAUUGAAACAUGUGAAUGGCCCAGUGCCUCAGCCACUGUUAGACCCUGUUAGAAUUUGUGUACAGGAUUGCUUCUUUGGUGCGAUCAACAACCUUAAUAUUCCAGUUUCAGAGAAAUCUCAGAGAAGAGACUUGAGCACCUACCUGCAGGUUUUGUACAAAUUAACGAGGUAUGCUCAAUCUCUGCUGGCUGCAGACGCUGUCUCGACGGUUAAGGAACUUCCUGAACAGGUUGUUGAGGAACUGGAGAUGGCACUGGACACAGUACAGAAGAUACAAGCAAAGAAAACAUCUAGCACCCCUGACAGCCAGGCCUUCCAGAUGCUGUAUCUCCAUCUCAGUCUCCAGCUGCUGGCAGAACCCAAAGAUGCCUUGGAAAUCUUAAAGGAUCUUCACAUUUGUUUUGAAAAAUCUCAGAAAAAGGUCAAGAAAUCCAGCAAAAAUAAGGAAGGGGAUGACCUAGCGUGGAUUGAGGUGCUCACAGAGUUACUCAUCAGCAUGAUGUCACAGGAGUCCCGACUCACGAGGAGCGUAUCCAGAAUUGUGUUUCGUCUUCUAUCCCAACAUGUCACCAAAAAUGCCCUUGAUCUUAUCAUUAAUGUGCUCCAUACCACAGAUGAUGAGGGUGAGGAAGGACCAAUCACAUUUGAGGAUGAAGAUGCUGAUAGCAAUGAAGAAGAUGAUGACAAACAGGAUGACACAACUGUAAAUGGUAACCAUGACAAGAAUGGUAAUCAUGACAAUCAUGGUGAUGAUGAUGUCAGCGAAGAUGAUGAUGAUGUUGACAUGGGUGAUGACAGUGGUGAAGAUGUUGAUGUUGAUCAUUUGAGACAGACGGUCAAGGCAGCGCUAGGCCCAGCAGCUGCUGAGUCGGACAAAGAUGAGGAAAGUGAUGAGGAGAUGGGAGAUGAAGAGAUGUUCAGGAUUGAUGAUACUCUGUCUGAAGCAUUCAAAAGUAUGCAACGAGGCAAAACAAAGGAGAUGAAAAAACGCAAACAACAGUUGCUGAAAUUCAAGUUACGAACUGUGGAUCUUGUGGAGACAUUUGUGAAAAGUCAACCUCCAGCUGGGCUGCUUGUGCACCUGGUAGGUCCUAUGUUAGACCUGAUGGAGUCUGGGUACAGGCACAAGGAAGAGUCAUCCUUGGGGAAGAGGGCUGCUACAGUUCUACACCACAUCCUCAAGUUACGGAAGGUGAGGCCACACUUGGGGGGCAAUGCCUGA